CGCAGCAGGGUCCUCCCAGUCGGAUCCAACCCGUGAACGUGACGCUCUGUCUGUCUGUCCCCGGCGGUGCGUCAGUCCAACGCCUCAGCCUCUGUCUCCCUCACCGACUUCCUUUCAGUCUCGCUUGGAUAUUUUACCAAGAAAUAUACCCUUUUGGAGUGGACAACCGCUGUCUGGGGCCUGGAGAUGCCAAAGGCGACCAUGGAUCCCUCGCUGCCCUGCGCCUUUCUCCACUGACGCGCGGUCGGAUGCCAUAGCCCGUAGAGGAGGAAAGGGAGGAGGGGCAUCCCAACCAUUCUUCGACCCCGCCAGGUUGACUCACGGUAGCAGCGCCCAAAGUUUAAACAAGUGAACAGUCAAGGAAGUAUAGGAAGUUAACAAAAACAGGAGAAUAGGGAAUAUUGGGUGGUGAGAGAAAGUUGGGGACAGGAGGAACCGGGAAGUGAACCAGGAAGUGAUUGCGGUAGGGUUUAUUUAUUAGGUUCAGGUGAGAGCAGGAGCAGGUUGGUGGAGGUAGGGUAAGAAUUGAACGGAAAGCGGCCCAGAUAAAGUCAUCACACUGGGAGAAGAGGGCGAGGGGGUGAGGAGACGCCACCAUGAGCGACCAAAAUGUCAUCAAGGAGGGCUGGGUCCAGAAAAGAGGAGAGUACAUAAAGAACUGGCGACCACGUUAUUUUCUGCUAAAGACAGAUGGAUCCUUUAUCGGAUACAAAGAUAAACCACAGGACUCGGACCUUGCGUAUCCACUCAACAACUUUUCUGUAGCAAAAUGUCAGCUGAUGAAGACGGAGCGACCCAAACCCAACACAUUUAUAAUUCGCUGUCUGCAGUGGACCACAGUCAUUGAGAGGACUUUCCACGUGGACACUCCGGAUGAGAGGGAUGAGUGGGCGGAGGCGAUCACGAUGGUGGCGGAGUCUUUGGCAAAACAGGAAGAAGAGGGAAUCCUGUGCAGCCCCACGUCGCAGAUUGAGAACGUGAACGAAGAGGAGAUGGAUACAACCAUCAGCCACUACAAGAGAAAGACAAUGAAUGACUUUGACUAUCUGAAGCUGCUGGGGAAAGGUACGUUUGGGAAAGUGAUUCUGGUGAGAGAGAAGGCGAGUGGCACUUACUAUGCCAUGAAGAUACUCAAGAAGGAGGUCAUCAUCGCAAAGGAUGAAGUGGCUCACACACUCACAGAAAGUCGGGUACUAAAAAACACUAGGCAUCCAUUCCUUACAUCACUGAAGUAUUCGUUCCAAACAAAAGACCGGCUCUGUUUUGUUAUGGAGUAUGUCAAUGGAGGAGAGCUGUUUUUCCAUUUGUCGCGGGAGAGAGUUUUUUCUGAGGACCGAACUCGUUUUUAUGGAGCGGAGAUCGUCUCUGCUCUGGAUUACCUGCAUUCGGCCAAAAUCGUCUAUCGUGACCUCAAGCUGGAGAACUUGAUGCUGGACAAAGAUGGGCACAUAAAGAUCACAGAUUUUGGUUUGUGUAAAGAAGGAAUCACUGACACUGCCACCAUGAAGACUUUCUGUGGGACGCCCGAGUACCUUGCACCAGAGGUGUUGGAGGACAAUGACUACGGGCGUGCGGUAGACUGGUGGGGCCUGGGUGUGGUCACAUAUGAGAUGAUGUGUGGGAGGCUGCCCUUUUAUAACCAGGACCAUGAGAAACUGUUUGAGCUCAUUCUGAUGGAGGAGAUCAAGUUUCCACGCACUCUGUCUGCGGAUGCCAAGUCUCUGCUGUCCGGCCUGCUCAUCAAGGACCCCAACAAGCGACUCGGCGGAGGACCGGACGAUGCAAAGGAGAUCAUGAGACACAGUUUCUUCAACACAAUUGACUGGCAGGACGUCUAUGACAAAAAGCUGGUCCCGCCCUUCAUGCCACAGGUUUCCUCGGAGACAGACACACGCUACUUCGACGAAGAGUUCACAGCACAGACCAUCACCAUCACCCCGCCAGAGAAAUAUGACGAGGAUGGCAUGGAUGCGGCAGAUAACGAGCGGCGACCUCACUUCCCUCAGUUCUCGUACUCUGCAAGCGGUCGUGAGUGACUCCUGCUCCUGAGCUCCUGAGGAAAACACGUAGCCAUUUUAGGAAAAGUACCAGUGUCCGCUGUUUUUCUCCUCCUCCUCUCCAGUGGACGGAGAAGAGUCUUUUUAGGGACUUUAAAGAGGUUUUUGCACAGUGGGAUAGCCCCACACUAAAAAAUAUCUCCUACAUUUUCCGCGCUAUUACAGCAGAAGGCAAUGUUUUUGUUAUUUAUUUUUGUCAGUAUUAAGUUGAGUCCAUCUUUCUGCCCCUGUUUUUUCUUGUUGUUCUUUUUGACUUUUUUGCACUUGGUUUGAAAGAGCCGUUUUUAGGGAACAAAAAACCAAAAAUGUUGCCUUACGUGUGCAGAUGUGUAUCAUACCAACAGGGUGAUAACUUUGGGGCGGGGGAAAUGUUUUUUGGGGGGUAAGUGCAUGGCUUGUGGUUCACUUGAUUAACUAGAAGAAAAAAGAAAGAAAAAUCAGAAAAUUAUGAAAAAUGACGAAAAAUAAUUAGUCAUGGGUCACUGUCUGCUGUUGAUGGAGAAGUGAAUGAUGGAGUCCCUUCAUUGUGGACGUGUCGUGUUUUUGAACAAGUUUUAUUUUAAUGGUUUAGUUCAGCUUUACGUGGGCUUGCAUUGUGUCUCAAUUAGUAAUAAUUUAUUUAUAUAGUAGGGCUGCACAAUAUAUCACAAUCUAAUUACAAUUUGAGUUGGAUCAAGUAUCAAAUCGCAAAGGCUGAAAUUAUUUGGAUAAAAGAAUGUCCUCUGCAGAAUAUUCUUUUUUAUUAAUCUUGUCGUACCUGUAGUAUACCUCUACAAACAUGUUCUGAAAUGCAUGGUAUUCUUGUACUAGUUUAUAUUUCAGUCUUUUCUCAAAUGCUAAUUCUACAGGAGGUUUACAAUGUGCACUCUGAACAGAAUCCUCCUUUUUAAACAUGUACCGCAAAUCUAAUUGCAAUGGGGAAAAAUCUCAAUUCGAUUUUUUUUAUUUUUACAAAUUGUGCAGGUCAUAGUACUUAUUACAUGUUUCAGCACCUUUUGGGUAAACCAGUCAGGAGCAGUGGGCGCAGCACCUGUAGACCCAGGAUCUUGGUCAGGUGUACCUAACUGGAGUGUUGGCAUACUUGCAGUUGAUGGAGGGGAGCAUGAAAACUCAAUAUAGGAAUCUGUGAAUCAAACCAUGACCGUCUAGCUGUGAGGCAUUUCAUACAGGCCUAUUGCAAAGCUGAAUUAUUCCAUUUAUGUGUCUGUUACAUGUGUUUGUUUGUGUACAACAAUAACACUAAACUGCCAGUUACUGCACAGUUCACUCAGGAUCCAGAGCACAACCUCAUUCACAAAAAUAUAUUUCCACAGUUUCUCAGCUUCAUACAACUUUUACCUCUUCAUUAGUCUCUAUAGUUACCAAAAUAUACACUAUUUAUAUGUAUAUUUAGGCAAGGAACAGUAUUAAGUUUCAAUGGUAUUCUAACUUUACUGAUUUGGGAUAAUUUGGUAGUAGUUGGUAAGACUGCAAAAUCGAUAAAAAAAAAUCUUGUGUAUUUCAUUAGUCAACCAAAAGGGGGCGUGGAAUUGGCUAAGAGGUCUCAACAUUAUCUUGACCCAAAAUGCACUAACAAAAACAAGAAAAGCACGAGUAAAUAGCUUAUUUGUAUGAAAAAAAAAAAAACUUCAUGAUCUCAAUUUAUUCCAAAAUCCCUGACUAACAGUGCUUUCUCUUUUCUGCAUUGUCCAUAUACAUUUUUUGAAUCCUAUUAACAUUUUUGUACAACUAAAGGCGUACAGUCCUAGUAGUUGUGAGGUACAAGGAACAAGUCAACGUUUUGUUGGCACUGUUGAUGUGUAAAAAGUAGGCUAGGAAUUAGGCAAGGAUUUUAAGUUUGAGAGACAAACUUUGAAGGACACCCCCACCUUGAAACUUUUUAUUGUCCCCUGCCUAACUUACUUUCUCACAUCUAUAAGUUGCUAGUUUAAAAUGCUAACUUGUCAACUUUUUUCUUAUAAGCUUAUAUUGACUGCUAAUAUAUCCUACAUUAGCAACAUACAACUCAAAGCGCUAUAUACUUUAGCUGUAUCUUUUCCCAUGUCAUCAGUGCAUACUACACCUCCAGGCUUUCAUUAUACAGCAUACAUUUUUUGCAGAAUUUGUAAUAAUUUUGGUUUAUUUUUUCUUCACGGCUUAUAGAAACACAACUGUUCUCUUUCUCCUUGUGGCUGUAGGAAUUAGUGGAAAUCCGUUCAUACAGGGAUCAAUGAUGUAAUGUAUGUUUGUAAUGUUAAUGUUAAGUGGCGUAUGGGGCCAACUGUGUAUGCUGUCAUCAUAGCACAUAGCUCAUAUUUGGGCAUCCCAGCACUUGAAGGGAAUUCAAUUCAAAUUCAGAGUAAAAUAUAGACAGUAGAGAAAUGGCAGACUACAACUGUAACUUUUCUAUUUGUGUCUGCCACUUGCUUGUCUCCAUGGAGAUGUUAUUAUUUUGCCUCAGAUGUUAUACAGUAUGGCAUUUAUUCAACUACAGGGGUUUUUAUUACUUAAAUAACUUUAAAAACAUUCUUACUGUGAGCGGGGUCACCCCUCCACCUCUCAACAGAUAUGACCUGUAACUUGGCCUGGUGGCGUCACUAUGGAGAUAAAUUUAAUGCUAGACUUUUGAACCAUUCCAGGAAAAACGGUAACAUUUUCAUGGAGACAUACAGGUGACAGACCCUCCAUCAGAAAAUAUACAUAAUGCACCUUUAAAUACACUAAAACUGAAGUGGGAAGAUGAAUGUACCAUUACUUUCAAAUCUUUUUCACGCAGUGUUCUAAAAACUUCAGUAUUUUGAAUAACUUAAAUUGGGUAAAAUUACAGUUAUGAUAUAAUUUGCCAGUAAAUAUGUUGAAUAUGUAGGCUAAUCCACCUUCUAUUGGACGGAAGUUUGUCUAAUUUAAAAGAAAGUCACUUAAUGCUCAAAUGUUCAAACCUGAAAUAUCAACAAAAAUAUAUUUAAAUAAAUAGCACUUUUAUUUUCAUUAUUAUGAUCAGUUAUUAAGUUGCUGGGAUGUGCCAUUGUCAGUAUUACAUGAAUGAAUUGCUGAUCAUGUGACUUGAGAAAACUGAGCCGACGUGUUAGAGGACUGUGGGAAUUUCCUGUAACGCCCCAUUUUCUUGUUUCUUGUCAAUGUAAAUAUGCAAUGCCUUUUUGUUCUGUUUGUUUUUAUUUUUCGUGACAUCUUUGACUGGCGUGUUUAUGUGCGUGACUGAAAAUAACAAGUUAAAAAGGAGAGAGACAGAUAUUGUACACAUUUAUUUUAUGUUUUGGGGAAUAACUUGGGGACUUUGUAUCACAAUGUUGUUCCUUCCUACCCUCCCCUUCGAAGCCGCAAAGGCCGUACAAACUUUAUACCCUUGAACUUGAAAAAAAUAACGAAAAAGACAAUGGCAAAGUGCGGCCACAUUGAUUUUUGCAGUGCUGGUUCAUCAGGUCCAUUCCAUAACUUUUGUACCAUAGUUUAAGUUUGUCAUCUUCUAGACAGUGUUUUCUCUAUGUCGUUUUAAAAUGGCACCUCUUGAGUGAAAGUCAGUGGAUGAAGAUGAUGAUGUUGGAUGCAUUAACUAAGUCUUUUUGUUUUGUUUUAUUUCUGGGGAUUGUCUAUCCGUUCGUUGCUUGUUUGUUUUCUUACCAAAACAUUAGGGCAAGAACCCAGUAGUGGACUUGCAUUGCCGUGGUAGUAUUUAUUUUGAAUUAAAUUAAAAGGAAAUACAUUUCA